AUGAGCUCCUACCUGGAGUACGUGUCGUGCGGCAGCGGCGGGGGCGGCGGCGAGGCGCUCAGCUUCGCGCCCAAGUUCUGCCGCGCCGACGCCCGGCCCGUGGCCCUGCAGCCCGCCUUCCCCUUGGGCAGCGGCGACGGCGCCUUCGUCAGCUGCCUGCCCCUGGCCGCCGCCCGACCUGCGCCUUUGCCCCCGGCCACCCCCGCGCCACCCCCCGCGCCGCCCUCGGCCGCGCCCUCCUACGCGCCGUGCACCCUGGAGGGCGCCUACGAGCCGGGGGCCGCACCUGCCGCGGCAGGGGGCGCGGACUAUGGCUUCCUGGGGCCGGGGCCGGCGUACGACUUCCCGUGCGCGCUCGGGCGGCCGGCCGACGACGGCGGGGCGCACGUCCACUACGCCACCUCAGCCGUCUUCUCGGGCAGUGGCUCCUUUCUCCUCAGCGGCCAGGUGGAUUACGCGGCUUUCGGCGAGCCCGGCCCCUUGCCGGAGUGUCUGAAAGAGCCAGCCGACGGCCACCCUGGGACCUUCCAGACCGCGUCCCCGGCCCCUGGCGCCUACCCCAAGUCUGCGUCGCCGGCCUCCGGCCUCCCCGCCGCCUUCAGCACCUUCGAGUGGAUGAAAGUGAAGAGGAACGCCCCUAAGAAAAGCAAACUCGCCGAGUAUGGAGCCGCUAGCCCCUCCAGCGCGAUCCGCACGAAUUUCAGCACCAAGCAACUGACAGAACUGGAGAAGGAGUUUCAUUUCAAUAAGUACUUAACUCGAGCCCGACGCAUCGAGAUAGCCAACUCCUUGCAGCUGAAUGAUACGCAAGUCAAAAUCUGGUUCCAGAACCGCAGGAUGAAACAGAAGAAAAGAGAACGAGAAGGGCUUCUCCCCUCGGCCACCCCUGUGGCUUCCCUCCAACUCCCCGUCUCAGGAACGAGCACCACCAAGUCUGACAAGAGCCCAGGGAGCCCUUCUCAGGCCCAAGAGCCGUCAUGA